CUUUCAACGUUCGGUCACUUGAGAAAUUGUUCCUCUACUUUUGUCUUGCAAAAUGUUCAAAGUAACUUUAAUUGGAAUUUCGCUUUUGUUGGUGCUGCAAAGUUCUGUGGCUGCACCGUGGCCUGAAAAUGGAAACGAGAAGCAAAAUCCAACCACAACUUUGCGACCAAGUGCAACAACCGUCAAACCGUUGCCAGUCACUUCGACGCAAAGAGUAUUGACCACAACGAGAGUUGUUCCGACAACCGGAACUGGAAAUUUCGGGCCAACAACAACAAUCAGAGGGACCACGAAUAGAGUAACAACGGCGAAACCAGCAAUAACUACACCGAGUGGAUCAAGGCCAACGACUCAAAGGCCAAUUGCCACGACCAAAUUGAUUCCAACGACUGGCCGAAACACGGUGAAUAGCGCAAAACCCAUCGCAACUACAACGGCAAGAGGAACAACUGCAAGAAGAACAACUGCUAGAGGUACCACUGUUAGAUUAACAACAAUCAGAGCAACAACGCCCAUGGCUGUACCGAUAACAACGGCAAAACCUUCCACAAACCGUCCAUCAUCUUCUUCGCGUCCAAAUCUAACAACCAUCAAACCAUUGCCAGCAACUUCAACACAAAAGGUAAUGACCACAACGAGAUCUGGAGCGACCACCAGGAAAAUCGGAAAUUCCGUGUCAACAACAACAAUCAGAGGAACCACAAAUAGAGUAACAACGGUUAAGGGAGCUCAGAAUGCAGGUUCACACAGUACAACGGCGAAGCCAGCAAUAAAUACACCGAUUGCAUCGCGACCAACGACUCAACGGCCAAUUGCCACGACCAAAUUGAUUCCAACGACUGGCCGAAACACGGUGAAUAGCGCAAAACCCAUCUCAACUACAACGGCAAGAGGAACAACAAACAGAGCAACAACGGCCAAAAUUAUAGUACCGAUGACAACGGCGAAACCUUUUGCAAAUAAUCCACCACCUUCUUCGCGUCCAAGUUCAACAACCGUCAAACCAUUGCCAACCACUUCGAUGCAAAAAACAACGAUCACAACAGCCAAGCCUACUGCAUCAAUGUUACCAAUUUCGACCGCAAAGCCACAUUUCUAAAAUUUAUCCACUUUGGACAAAAUUCAAGCGUAAAAUAACUUCAAACUGGAAACGAAGCCAAACAUUUCGAAUAUAAUCUUGCAAUUGACCAAUUUUCAGAUGCUACAAAUUACUAACUAUAAUUUCCGAUGAUAACGAUAAAUUUGGACUUUGGAAUGGGAAAAAUUAAUUUUCAAAGAAAAUUUCUGUGAAUUUAAUAAAAUGUAAAACCAGCAUGUAAAAUGG